AGCGCGCGCGCGCUCGGAGAUUACCGCGAGUGAAGUCAAAGCGGAGAGACCGGGGGGGAUUAACCUGUGAAAACUACAAGAAAACAUGAAUUACAAAACCACGCGGCCGGUGAUGUCGUGAUAAAGACGAGUGUGUUCGGAGAAUAAGGGAAAAAAGAGGGAGAGAAAGAAAACAGCAAGAGCGAACAGAGUGCGCGUUUAGCGCCAAAACACAAAGUAACAGCGAGGAGAAGACCACAUUUACGAGGGAAAAAACGUUUACAGAUUUGAUAUUUGCUUUUAUAAGAGUGUGACAUACAUUAGAUCCAGGUGUGUCAGGAUGCCGAUACCCAUCUUCCGGGUAAACGGGAGAACACUGUCCUGUCACUGAAGAACGGACGCACACACACGCUGAAGAUCAAAUACAGCAUGGGAACCAACAGAGGAAACAGGUACAGCAUCGUGUCUCCUGAUGAGGAGGGUCUGAAGAUCUCCACCCUCGGCCUCCACAACGGCCACGGCUCCAGACGGCUUCACUCCCCCGAUGGAGAGGCGGGCCCGAGCACCGCAUCGACGGUGAUGAGGACCGGCUACAACGGAAAGAUCUCCACGUCGGGCCGCGGCCAGCUGCGGAGCCGCUUCGUCAAGAAGAAUGGCCAGUGCAACGUGGUCUUCGCCAACAUGGACGACAAGCCGUGGCGAUACCUGGCGGACAUCUUCACGACGUGUGUGGACAUCCGCUGGCGCUACCUGCUGAUGAUCUUCUGCUCCACCUUCUUAUUCUCCUGGUUCGUGUUUGGCUUGAUCUUCUACAGCGUGUCUUUAGUGCACGGGGACUUCGAUAAAGAUCACGGCAGCAGCAGAAAGCCGUGGAAACCGUGUUUGCUGCACGUCGAGGGUUUCAUCGGCGCGUUCCUGUUCUCAAUCGAGACCCAAACCACGAUUGGUUACGGCUGGCGCUGCGUGACCGAAGAGUGUCCCGUAGCGAUUGUUACGGUCGUAGUGCAGUCGAUCGUUGGAUGCAUCAUUGACUCUUUCAUGAUUGGCACCAUCAUGGCCAAAAUGGCGCGUCCGAAGAAGCGAAACCAAACCUUGCUGUUUUCACAUAACGCGGUGAUUGCGUUGCGCGACGGGAAGCUGUGUUUAAUGUGGCGCGUCGGGAACCUUCGGCGAAGCCACAUUGUUGAAGCCCACGUUCGAGCGCAGCUCAUCCGACCCUAUGUGACGGCGGAGGGCGAGUUCAUCCCGCUGGAGAAUAUGGAUUUGAACGUGGGCUACGACGAAGGUACAGACCGCCUCUUCCUGGUGUCGCCGCUAGUGAUCGUACACGAAAUCGACGAGGACUCGCCACUUUGGGGGAUGAGUCGGGCGGAUCUCGAAUCGGAUGAUUUCGAGAUCGUAGUGAUCCUGGAGGGAAUGGUGGAGGCGACAGCAAUGACAACGCAAGCGCGUAGCUCCUACCUGUCCCGGGAGAUCCUAUGGGGUCACCGCUUCGAGCCAGUCAUCUUCGAGGACGGCGAUCGCUACCAGGUCGAUUACGCGCAUUUCCACAAAACCUAUGAGGUUCACUCGACACCUGCCUGCAGUGCUAAGGAGCUGAGUGAACUGACCGGGCGCCGUUCAUCCGGGUCGUCCCGAUCCGUGACGCCAGACAGCCGCAGCCGGGCGCAGACGCUCCUCCCGCCGCACUCGCCCAGCGCCUUCUGCUACGAGAACGAGGUGGCGCUCUGCUGCAGAGAGGACGAGGAGGAGCAGCCAUGCAACCCGCUGACUGUCGCUCCCACAGACUUCCAGAAAAUGUUCCAGGACUCGGCCACCAUGACCUCCGGAAACAACAUGCUCUGCGUAUUGGACAUGGACAAUCAGAUCGAGUUUGACAUCAUGCAGACUGCCAAACCACUCGACCCCAUGACUUAUAAGAGCGAAUCUGAGAUAUGACGUUCCUAUGGGUACAUGCACUUAUUUAAAUACAUUUAUUUAUAUAAAAAUGGAUCGCUACAUAAAUAUGUAAAUUAUACAAAUGAUUAUACUGAAGUUAUAAAAUUAAUUUAUA